AUGUGUGGGGGCGGUGGGAGUGGUGCUGCUGCCUCGGAAGGCAGAAGCCCUCCCCGCCCUUGUGGGCCGACAGAUCAGCCCCAGCAAGGACCAUGUGAGCAGCAGGAAGAGGAGGAGGUCGGUGGGGAGAGGGGCGACGACUGUGACGAGUCGCGUGGGGUGCUGGGCGGCGGGGUGCGUGAGGGUGGGUUGUCGCUGGUGCAGCCAAGAGGCCACCUGUACCUGUCGUCGCCUGGGGACCAGGUGAGAGGGGACGGGACGAAUCAUGACAGACAGACAGACAGUCAGAGAGCUGUGGUCGAUCGCUGCAUCGCAUCGAUGGAUGUGUGUCCUUUUUUCUGUCUGUCUGUCUCUGUCUGGUUCGUUGGUUCGUUGGUCGGUUUGUGUGUCCACGACACGCCCGCAAGGACCCCCCGGGCGAGAGCUAAGGUGCCACUGCUGGUGCUGGUGGCGGUGGGGCUCGUGUUGAUGUUGAUGGUGAGAGCGUCGGAAGCGACAAGCCCAAGAGCCCCCCAACUGACACCGACGAUAAGGUGCGUGCGGACGGGAAACACAACGACGCACAUAAGAGCACAGCCCAUACACUCACUACACAUACAGAUGCGCACAUCACAUCCAUCAUGUAUGUGCACACAUUAAUUAAUGUGGUCGUAUGUGUGUGUGUUCGUUGUGUGCUGUGCUGUGUCACUCAGCGAAGCGUAGCGAGUUGGUGGUGCCUCGUGGGACUGGCAAAGGACAAUCGGCAGCCGAGGGCGGUCACACUGGCGCCGCAAGUGCCGCCGCUUCGGCAGCUGCACCGCCGCCCCCGCCUCCUAGUGCUCCUGUCGACAACAAAGCCCUAAUCCACAAGGUCAGUGAGUGAGUGAGUGAGUGAAUGGGGGAUGGAAAAAACAAGAAAGAAAGACCUCACACACACCACACGGAACGAACCAACAAGCUGUCUCUCACCGUGCGUAUGUGCAAUGUAUGUAUGUGUGUAUGCAGAUUCAGGUUCAUGGUAGCACGCCGUCCACGGCUGUCGAUCCGGAGGCGCCCGCCCCCGCCGGCUCCCCCCCAGAUGGCCAGCCCUCAGACGACACCCCAGCGGCUGCCUCAACCACUCCUCCACAACGACACGGCCUCCCUCGCGAGCACAGCCAAGACGACAAGCAUGACCGCGCCAGUCUGCUUGGGUUCAUUGACGACUGGGCUGCCGAGAAGGGCAUGGACACCAUCAGACAGGAGCUGACCGCCAAGGAGAAGGCCGACAUCGCAUGGAGAGACACCAUGAGCACCCCCCGUCUGCGAGCCAUCAUCGAGCAGCUACUCGCGGGCGAGAGCACCGGUAUGCAAUGCACACAUACACACACCGCCCACCGCACCACCAUCUCCCUCGAAAUAUGGACCUUUCUUGUCCCUUAUUUCUCACCCAUCACCAUCACCAACAGCAGCAGGGCCGGCUGCAGGUGCAGGGCACAAGGUAGCCGCGAGAAGCACCGGGGCGGAUGGCACAGGUACGUAAUCCAAUUUACGAGGGGGGCAGCAGGCAGGCAAGCCAGGAGUAUGUCGGUACGUAUUCUGUGUGUGGAGUGAGUAGACAUCUGUUCGUGCUGCGGACAUCCAUCAGGUGCCAGGAGCCCGUGGAAGAAGCCGACUGGCACAUGGGCAAGUAACGGUGAGUACGGUCCGACUCUCAGUGAAGGUAAGGCGACACGCGAGCAGGGGCCGGGGGAUCCGGCUGACCACGCAUGGCUGUCUGUGUAUGUCUCAUCAGGCGCCCAGCACACCAACCGAGCUGCUUCCCACGUAGCACACCACACACACACAGGCAGACCCCCACACGCCCCACCAUCUAUCUCAUGGCCUUUGUGCAUCUCUGUCUCUCUCUCUCUCUCUCUGUGCGUGUGUGCGUGUGUGCGUGUGUGUGGCUGUGCAGGUGGACCACAUGAGGCUUGAUUGCGACCCUGGUAACCCUAGCAAGAACUUCGGCAGAUGCGAGCGACCACGCACACGCACACGCACACACGCCCACGCGCCUCACCGCCUUGCUCACUCUGGCUAUGUCGAGUUCGACGACCGUCGCGACUUUGAGGAGGCAUGGACAUCCAUCCAUCGAGUGGUUCGUGUGUUGGUUGGUCAGUAUAAAGGCCCGUAUGGCCUUAUCCUCGACAACAUCCACUACGAGGCCACCAAACGCGACGUGGAAGUCUUCCUUACACCUUGCAGAGUCAGACAGACAGCACAGCACAGCCACCCAUACAACCCUCCCUCCCACGCCCACCUUGUCUGUGCAUCUCUCUCUCUCUCUCUCUCUGUGUGUGUGUAUGUGUGUGUGUGUGUGCCGUGUGUGCGUGUGUGGCUGUGCAGGUGGACCACAUGAUGUUGGAAGCCGACCAUCGCAACCCUGUCAAGAACCUCGGCAGAUGUGAGCGACCACACACAUGCACACACCCCCAGGCGCCUCACCGCCUUAUCACAUGUCGCGCACACUCAGGUUAUGUCGAGUUUGACAACCGUCGCGACUUUGACCGGGCAUGGACAUUCACACACAAUCUUCAAUCACACGCAGGCACACACUGCAGGCCUCCAUGUGUUUCAGGAGAUGCUCGGUCGCAAAAUCCGCAUCAGCACGGCCGACGAGAUGGAGUACGCCACCGGCGGCCGACUCGACCCAGCAGCCCCAAUCCGUUAUAACAACAACACCACUCCCACCAGCAGCACCACACACCUGCUGUGUCUGUCCGAUGUGUGUGUGUGUGUGUGUCAAGUGGGUCGCCCGCCGAUGUUGGUGUUGGAGGUAGUGGUGUCGGUGGUGGUGCUGGUGGCGGGUCGAGGGGUGUAGUGGCUGGUGAGAAGGGCCAGGAUGCCACCAACGGUGCGGACGAAGCUGCUGCAGCCAACCAGGUCGGUGUCGUUGUGGGCCGCCCGCCCGUCGUCGUUUAGCCACGUGUGUCUCUGUGUUGCCACAGAAAGGCCCAGCUGCUCAUGGCCCUUUCUGUCCCUGCCUGCUUUCAGGUCAUCGUUGUCUACAUUUUAUAUUCUGACGGCGAUUGUCUUCAUUGCAAUGCCCCGCAGACCAACAGGAGACGUAAAGACGUUCGUCUAUGGAAAACAGAAAUGCACAGAGUCUGUGCAUGGGGUGAUGAUUGGUGGUUGUGAAUGUGUCUCGGUGUGUCUGCAGGCCCACAAGUCGUCUGUCGCCGGUGCGCCCGACGCGAGCGACGGUACGUGUGUCCUCCCACCCAUCAGACGGACACACAGCCAGAAGGCAAAGGGCAGAAGGCAAAGAGAGCCUUUUGUUCUGCUUUCCUGUAUGUGUCCACCAGAUUUGGAGCGCGCAGCUUCGAUCGACUUCCUCAUCGUCUGGGCGACGGAUAAGGAGGACGACUUCAUCACACCCCUCCUGACCGACGAGGAGACAGACAACCCCAACUGA